UCUGAUGCUUUGUUCCACUACUGCGGUUUUCUUAAAAAUUUCCCGUCGUCGAAUCCAAGCAAUGGAAGUCUCCGGCGUUGUCUUCCGGUCAGUUCCGAGCCUAUCUAGUGCUGGAUUUGAUACCCAGUACUUAAAAGCGUCUUCAUCUUGUCUGUGCGUAGAUGCCGGAAGCCGGUCUUCUGGCAACCUCCGUAUCGUGGGUCCUCGGGAUCCCAAUGUUGUUAUAAAGACUAGAACGUUUUCAGGGAAUUCGAGUUCUGGAUUUUCCAAUAAUGGGCAUUUGCAGUACUAUGUACCACCUAGAUCAGGUGGGGACAAGAAGGAGAAAGUGAAGGAAAAGAGCUCAGAAAUCGCAACAAGAAAGAAGAGGUCGAAAUUGAUUAAAGGAUUAUCGAAGGACUUGUUGAAGUUUUCUGGAAUGGAUUUUGGAUUGGAGGUUGAAAAUGGGAUGGUUGCGGAAGUUAAGGGGAAGAUGUUUACGGAAGCAGCAAAGGCUCUAUUAGCACAACUACAACAGUUAAGAGCCAAAGAAAAGGAGAUGAAGAGAAAGAGAAAACAAGAGAAGACCAAGAUGAAAGCUGCGCAGAUGAAAAGCAGGGUUAACCGUGAAUCUUCUGCAGGCUACUCAGAAUCAAUUGACAGUGAGUGUGAAGAAAUCGGUGACAUGAGCUGCCUGAGAAAUGAUACUCCAGAAACAAAGUUAGACGAACCAGAGCAGGAGGUAGGUGCAGUACAAACUAGCCCAAGUGAGCCAAUAAUCCAAGGAGACAAAGACAAGAUUGAAGAUUGCAGUGCAGACAUUUGCAAACGAGAAUGCCACAAUGGAAGUGAUGCUAGUUGUUGCAGUGGAAGUAGCGUUGGUGUCAAUGAUCAAAGUAAUUUAGCAAAUGGGGCAUCGACGAAGAGGAUUGAAGUUUGCAUGGGUGGAAAGUGCAAGAAAUUAGGUGCUGAGAUGUUGUUGACAGAGUUUAAAAAGAGACUUGGGGUUGAAGGAGCUGUUGUUGGGUGCAAGUGCAUGGGCAAGUGCAGGGAUGGUGCUAACGUGCGGAUUUUGAAUGGGUUGGGUGUUGAGGGAAAGGAUGAAUCUGUCAGGGGCCCAAGCAAUCAUCUGUUCAUUGGUGUUGGCUUGAAGGAUGUAGCUACAAUUGUAGAAAGCUUCUUUGGGGAAGAGAGGGAUGAUUUUGGUCUGUUGACAGUGUCUUGAAACAAAGUGGUGCCUUUGUGCCUUCAAUUUAAAAUAAGGUUUAAAUUGAUAGCGGAAACAAGUGCAAUUAAACAAAUUAUGAUCAAUCAAUGAAGUGCAGACUUGUUGAUCAACUUGGUGGAAAUCUGAGCUUACUGAAAGCAAACAUUUGUUUCAAGAUAGUAUUAGUAGUAGCAAGAUGGAUUACUUUAUGCGUUUUCUUUUAAUGUCCACAGGCUACACAGUGAAUUGAUUGAAAAUAUAUGGAUGAAGUUAGCAAGAAAAUGGUGAAUGCAAUGCAUUUGGAUGUGUUUUUUUCUCGUUUUCA